CAGCCUGCCCCGCGGCAGGCAGGAUGGCGGCGCCCGCGCUGGCCGGGCGGUGCGGCGGCCUGCGCCGAGCCCUGCUCCGGGCCCCGCUGCUCCCGCUCCCGCUCCGGCGCCGAGCCCACCAGCAGCCGCGGCGGGCCCGGGGCGCCGGAGGCCUGCUGGCGGCGCAGUGCGAGCGCGGCCUCUUCCAGGAGGUGUUCCCGGAGCAGAGCGCGGAGGAGCAGCUGCCGGGGCUGCUGGAGCCGGGCCGCCCGCCCCUCGCCGCCUACUGCGGCUUCGACCCCUCGGCCGACUCGCUGCACGUCGGGCACCUGCUGCCGCUCAUGGCGCUGCUCCACUUCCAGCGCGCGGGGCACGACGUCAUCGCCGUGGUGGGCGGGGCCACCGCGCGGCUGGGCGACCCCAGCGGCCGGGAGCGCGCGCGGGAGCCGCCGCCGGCCGAGCGGGUGCGGGCGCACGCGCGGGGGUUGCGGGGCGGGCUGGAGCGGCUGUUCCGGAACCACCGGGAGCUGUUCUGGGGCGGGGAGGGCGGCGGGAGGCUGGGCCGGGCCCUGCUGCUGGACAACGCCAGCUGGCUGGGCCGGCAGCCGCUGCUCGAGUUCCUCGGCGGGGCGGGCGGGCGGCUGCGGAUGGGCACGCUGCUGAGCCGGCAGAGCUGCCAGGCCCGGCUGCGCAGCGCCGAGGGCAUGAGCCUGGCCGAGUUCCUGUACCCGGCGCUGCAGGCCUACGACUUCCUGCACCUCCACCAGCACCACGGCUGCCGCGUCCAGGUGGGGGGAGCCGACCAGAUGGGCAACAUCAUGUCUGGCUACGAGCUCGUCACCAAAAUGACAGGAACAGAUGUGUUUGGAAUUACUGUACCUCUUAUUACCAGCACUACGGGAGAUAAACUGGGAAAGACUGCUGGCAAUGCAGUUUGGCUGAACAGAGAUAAAACUUCUCCAUUUGAGCUGUAUCAGUUUUUUGUCAGACAACAAGAUAACGUAGUUGAAAAAUACCUGAAACUCUUCACCUUCCUUCCUCUUGAGGAGAUUGAUCACGUCAUGGAAAUGCAUGCUAGAGAACCUGAGAAAUGGGGCCCCCAGAAGCGACUUGCUGCAGAAGUAACCAAGCUUGUUCAUGGUAGAGAGGGGCUAGAAUCUGCUAAGAGGUGCACCAAGGCCCUUUAUUACAGCAACUUGGAAGCUCUCGAAGCUAUGUCUGACGAGGAGUUACAGGAACUUUUUAGACAAGCUCCUUCAGCUGAAUUGAUGCUUGAACCUGGAAUGAGUAUUCUUGACUUGUGUCGCAAAGCAAAUGCCAUUCCAGAUGGACCCAGUGGGUACCAGAAAAUUACAAAUGGUGGAGUUUCAAUAAAUGGGAUUCGAGUAACAAAUCCUGAGACUGUUCUUAUUCUCGGACAGCAUAUUCUCAAGAAUGGAGUAUCAUUGCUUAGGAUUGGAAAGAAAAAUUACUACAUCAUAAAAUGGCUGCAGUUGUGACAACAGAACAUCUCCCUAAAACAACAUAUCCUUUUGACUCUGUUGCUCGAAGAGGUACUUGAAGAUGUUUCUACACUGUGCAUUAUUACGCAGCUCACAGGUGUAUUCUUAAAUAUACCAACAGAGUUCAAAUAAAGGCAGCCAAGUUACAACACUGAAGAGAUUUUUAGAAACGUUACUUUAUUUGAAGCACCAUUUAGAAGAGGAUAUGCAUAAGAAGAUGAAAUUCAUUUCGAAGUCCAAAGAUGGAGAUGCUCUUCCCUUCCUUUAACAACCUUCUGCAUUGCAGAACAGUAGCCAGGUACUUUACAACAUAAUGCACAGCAAGAUGAGCAAAAGCAGACUCAAAACCAGGACUUCUUACAGAGGAUGCAUACUGCUGUCCAGUUUGACUUCAUGCUAACAGAGAAACCUGCAUCAGUGGGUAAGGACAACCAACCUACAACCAACUUUUUUUUUUUUUCUGGACAGGUUUGCUUUGAAAGAAGCUACAGGAGAUUCACAAUAAAUGAGUUGAAUGAUUAAGCCCCAAUAUGUAAGCUUCUUAUUGGUUAUGUACUGGGCCACGUUGCAAAAAUGCUUUCUAGCCUUUGUGUGAUAAUACAGAGCAAAUUCACUUCUUGAAAUGUAAAAGAGUAUCUUUCAAUAGUGUCUUUCAAAGCUUAUGAAUCAGCCUUACUAAUCCCUUUUGUGCCUUCUGUGUGCUUACCAUGGCUUAACAUGUGGGUGACACUCAUUAUGCUUCUUCAGUCCUGUGAACUAGAAGGUUGCAUCUGUGCUAUCUAGAGUCUUUAUUGAAGGUAUAUUCUGGCCCUACUUUUGUGGGCUCUCUAGUCAGUUGCAAGGUAGUAUAUUACAUCAGAAGAUUUGAAGCAUGUACAUGGAAGCUUUUUUAAGGUGAAAAGGCAACACAAGGGUAUCUGGACCAGGAAACGUGACAGAAGCUAUAGUGCUUUUGCAAUUAAAAAAUUCAGACCCUUCAGUCAGGGCCAUGUGCAAAAGCUGCAUUUCUUCAUGAAAGAGCAGAAAAUGAUCUAACUGCUGAUAGCCUAGCCAACAUUUUGGAUCAUAUCUUCCUCAUUCUUGCAAAGACAGCAGGAAAGUGAAAAUGUAUGUUGAGUUGGUAGAAUAGCAGCAUCUACACUUAAAGGUAGAUUGCUUUAUUGCUCUGAAACACCUCCACCCAUUUUUAUUACUUGCCACUACAGCUGGAAUCAACCAAGCAUGGAGUACACCACCUUGGUAAAGUUUGUUUCCAUGAUGCAGUUUGGGAUUGGAUUGUAUAGGUGCCACAGUACUUAAAGCCAAGUCACCUGAACAACAAAACCCAGGUGGUUACCAAGAUUAUUUGUAGUACAAGCCCAUAUCUGCAUUACUUAGAAUUGAUUCAGUGACUUGGAAUACAGUAAUGUAGCUGGAUGACUCUGAACUUGUUUAUUAAGGAAUACUCCCUGUCCCAGUGCAAAUACAUAGGAAGUCCUUUAUGAGCUUAUUGAUUACUGUAACUUUGGGGCUUGGAUGCAGUGCUGUUUUCAUUGUUUAGGGUAAUCCUCACUCUUGGGCCAAGGAGAAUAAUCUCCUAUUCCAUGAAACUCCUGGACAAUAGUUUUGCACUCACAGCAGCCACAAGGGGCCACUUGGCUGCCUGAGUGUGGUAACUCAUCUCCACCUCUUUGGUUGUUAAAGUCAGUCAUGUUAUUAGAGCUGCUUUCAGACUACCCAGCCUACAAGAAGAAUGGGGAAACUCAGGAAUCUAGAUAUCUUAUAGUUGUGUGGGGAAUUUUUUUCUGUAGGUGGUUUGAUUUUUUUAUUUCAUUUGAUGUUCAUCAACUUGAUGUUGGCUUGAUUUGCCUGUUAAUGUUUCAUUAGUAAUAAAUUAUAGUGGCUUGCUGCUUA